AUGGUGCAGACGCAGUUCGUCAAGAAGGUCAAGUUUGUGCGCCACGACGAGCUCGAGAGCUUGCGACGAGCUCGCUUCAAGAUUUCUACGAGGAUGAAGGCAUUGAACAGCAGACGACGGUGCCGUAUGCACACCAGAACAACGGAACAGCAAUCGCGCCAUCGGGACUAUCGUCACGAUCGGCCGCAGCAUGCUUCACCAUGCCAAGUUGGACAAGUGCUUCUGGGCUGA